ACUCACGGGCAGGGAGAUAAAGAGGGGACUGAGAAAGCGGGGGAAGGAGAGGACAGCAGUUACAGAAACUAAGGGGGAGGGACCAAGUCAUAGUAAAGGUAGGAUGUAAACAAAUGAACUGAGGCACACCUGGAGCCAAAUAAAAGCUGCUGGAGCCUGGACAGACGACUGAAAUAGUCAGAAAGGGCCCUGUGUUCCUGAGACAAACACCUGACACAGCAACUGGGGCAAGAAAAAAAAAAACUGACGGAAUGCCAAAAAUGGAGGCACAUGGAAACUGCAACAUCCCAGGGUGAGAAAGACUGACAACAAAAAGCUCACAGAAAGAUACAAGAGAAGAGACGACUGAACAGAGAGACCAGGAGUGAAAGCAAAAGGAGCUCCACUGAAAAGAAUAAAAACCCAGAGCACAAGAUCUGUGAGGAUUUCUCGAACAGCUUCAAAGGUCUUCCAGCCUCCACUACGCCAUGGCCUCAAUGGGGAUGCAGAUGCUGGCCAGCGCCCUGUGCCUCCUGGGUUGGGCAGGUGUCAUCAUCAGCUGCAUACUGCCCAUGUGGAGGGUCACGGCCUUUGUGGGCAGCACCAUCGUCACCUCCCAGACCAUGUGGGAGGGCAUCUGGAUGACCUGUGUGGUCCAGAGCACAGGGCAGAUCCAGUGCAAGCCAUACGGGUCUCUCCUUGCUCUCAGCACUGACAUGCAGGCCGCCAGGGCUCUCACCGUCCUCGCCAUCACUGUGGGAGGCUUAGGCCUCAUUCUGGCCUUUGUUGGAGGGAAGUGCACUCGCUUCUUGGAUGAAAAAGAAGGUGGAGCCAAGGGCAAGGUGGCUGUGGCAGCAGGGGCAGUGCUGAUUGCAGCUGGGCUGCUGUGUUUGAUUCCCACAUCUUGGGCAGCUGGGGCAGUGGUGAGGAAGUUCUACAGUGCCUCCAUAGAUGCUCAGCGGAGAGAGAUCGGAGCCUGUCUCUACAUCGGCUGGGGAGCGUCCAUCCUGCUCAUUCUGGGAGGGGGCCUGUUCAUCAGCUCAUCUCGCCCUUUUAAAGCCCAUGAUGCAGACAAAAGCCCCUCUGUUCGCUACCUGGUGGUCCGCUCCUCAAACGGAUCCAGCCAUGCAGUUUCUCAUCGCAGCAGGGUGCCAUCAGCAAAGUCCCAGCCUAUCAGAGCAGUGUCCCCCAGCAAUGAGGGAGCGUCCACAAGGCCUCCCUGGGAGGACAAGCCGGGACAGGAGUCAGAAAGAUCAUGGGCACCAUCAACAAAGUCUCAGAUGAAGAGACCAGAGUCAACAAAAUCUGAACAGAGUGAGGCAUUGUCUACAAAGUCUCAGCUGAAAAAAGCAGAAAUGGAAGAGAAUAUAUCAGUCGAGAGUGACAAUGAAGAUGCAUCAUCAAAUCCAGCGAGAACAUACCUAUAACUUACACAAACACACAAAUGCAACACACAUAUACAUGUACUCAUGUUUGCACACACAACAGAGAAGUUUUAUGUUCUAGAAAUCAUUUAGAAGUAGUUGUUUACUUAUUUUGUGAUUGCUUACUGCUGAAAAGUAGCUGAUGGGGUAUAGUUACCUUCAUGCUCCAUCAUGGAAAGGUUUUUACACUUCUUUAAACUCAUUAAUAUGAAGGAGCAUUUUACAGCUUUAAGGUGUUACGUGCACUAAAACUGGACUUAGCAACAAACUAAAUCCAUGUGCAAGUGAAGCAACUCUCUUACUUUUCAAAGAUUGAAUCAGUAAUGUUGACAUGUUAAGUUUGAAAUGUUUACAUAGGGUACUGGUAUCAACUUCUUUUUCUAACUUUUUAAACGCACUGAAAGAUGAAUAAUCCGUCCACAUUAAGAAUAUUACCUCAGAGUUUCUAGCUUGUCUCUUUCUGUCGGACAUACUGCAACCUGAAUGCAAUGUGAGUUAUGAAGCAGCUUAAACCAGCAACAUCUUUAAUCCAACUUUUCAUCAUUACUUUAAAUCGAUAGCGUUACAGCUUUAAAUUCAUGUGCUCAUUCAAUGAGCAAAAUUUCCAUGAAAAACUCCACUCCACUAUUUAAAAAUAAAUAAAAAGUUACAAUUUCUGUGCUGCAUCAGCUGCAAAAUUGUUAUUGCUGACAGGGUUUUUCUGUAACGAUUCAGAUUCAGCUCCUUGUCACAACCGUGAAAUGUAAUUUUAUGUUUCAUUUUAUUUGGGCAGGUAUUUGUACAUUUAUUUUUCAAUAAAUGACUGCAAUAUGAUAAACGAAGUCUUAGCUUUUUUGCACUAAAUGUAUUAAACAUGUAAAAAAAAAAGAAGCAGAUAU